UCAUCCAGUCGCGAGCUAUUGUUGUAAAGAGGAUGAGCUCAUCGUGUAGAAGCCAGUCGGUGAAGGCGGAGUGAGGACGGAGACGUGUUUGCAGCAGCGGACCCCAUCAUCCCUCUGACGGAGACAUGCUCUGGACGGACCGGGACACUUCCGACAUGGUGUGGUCCCGGGACACAGCGGCGGAGCGGCCCCCGCUGUCCGGCAUCCUGCCGCGGCUCUACCUCGGAGCGGAGGGCGACGUGACGCAGGAGCGGCUGGCCUCUCUGGGUAUCUCCUAUGUGCUGAGUGUGAGUCGCUGCAGCCCCCAGCCCUCCUUUCUGCCUCACUCCAGAUACCUUCGCAUCCCCAUUGACGACUCCCUGUGGGACGACCUGCUGCCCUGGAUCCCACAGGCUCUGCACUUCAUCGAUGCAGCCAUGUCCUCCGGUGCCUCCGUGCUGGUUCACUGUGCAGCAGGAAUCUCUCGCUCCCCGGCUCUGGCUGUAGCCUACAUCAUGUACAGACUGGGACUGGACCUGGACCACGCCUACAGGUUUGUGAAAGAGCGCCGGCCCUCCAUUUCUCCAAACUUCAACUUCCUGGGUCAGCUGCAGCACUUCCAGGGCACUCUGAGCCAGAAGGCCUCUGGUGGUGACCUCCUCCUCCAGCAGCUGGAUGCUCAUCUGCCGUCCAUCAAUGACGGCGUUGACUACACUUGCAACAUUAAUUCUCCGGCUGAUAGUAUGACCAGCGACUCAGCAGAGAUCAAGCAGACACAGAGAGAGAAGUCCUACCACACAGCCAGCACCACACAACAGAUAUACUCCCAUUCAGAUGGAAAUGUGAACCAGCAGGUUUCAGGGAAGCUUCAUUUGACUCUUAAUCAAGACCAGACGCCAUGUGAGGUUGCAGCCCCGAGCUCCUGUGAGCCGGCCAAACCAGCAGCAAAGCCGACUCGCCUGCAACUCCCAGCAGGCUCAGCUUCUCUGUUAGAGAAACGAAAAAGCCUCACUCUCUUUUUGACCCCUGUGGAAAUCCGCCCUCCCUCCUUAGCAAGCAGCAGCCAGCAAGGAAGGGGCACGGCCACGCCCACAAGCGUCCACAAGAGGGAGACGAGGGCAAAGACACAGAAGAACGCUGGGCAGGCAGAGGACACCCACAGGGAGCAGAGCCCCUCCCACAGGGAGCAGAGCCCCCCCCACACGGAGUACAGCAAGUGCAGCACAGCAGAGGUAAAGGAGCAGGGCCUGCUGUCGCCGUUCAGCGUCACCCUCAACAAGCUGCUGGGAUGGGGGGAGCGGAUGCUGCUGGGAGGGCUGUUUGUCCACCCGGUCAGGAUGGGUCAGCCUGCACUGCCCUACAGGUGCUGAGGGGGCAGCAGCUGCUGCAUGUUUGUGUCUUUGCAUGUUUUUCAAAUUGAACCAAACCACACUCCAGGAUGUGGUUCAUACAUACAAGAGGUGUGACAUAACAUUAUCGGUAGUCUUCUAUGUAUUUAUUGCAGAGCUGAAUAUAUUAACUUUACUUACAAUACACAAUGAACCUCCACACAAUGCAUCUUGUUUAUUACAUAUUGACAGUUGUCAGCUUAUGUUGACAUUUGUAAAAUUCCGUUAUUUAUGAAGACUGGCUUAAGAUGUAUUUACUGAUUAAAGAUGACAUUUCCACCGUGUCGUCUUGCCGUUUUCUCAGUGUGGUGCA